AUGAUCAAGAACCCUCACUUACCAGUUGUCAAUGUUGGUUCGAAAGAAAAGCCCUCCUAUUUACCCGCCCAGGUCUGUCUGGUCAUCCCCGGCCAGACCUCGAACGCGCAAUUGAGCCCUUUCCAGACGCAGCAAAUGAUCCGGUUUGCGGUCCGUAAACCAGCACAGAAUGCACAAUCCAUUGUCACCUCAGGGGCGCAGAUACUGGGUAUCGACAACUCGACGCUGGACCAAUUCAAUAUCGACAUUAGACCUAGGUUGAUAACCGUUCCAGGUCGGGUUUUAUCGUCUCCCAGCGUAAAAUACGGAGCACAAAAGUCCAUACCUACCAGAUUUGGCAGUUGGGACAUGGGAAAGGCUCAAUUUACCACUAAAGCAACACUGAAAUCGUGGACAUAUCUUUGGAUUUCAUCGCCGUCAAUAGUCGAUCCCUGGGCCAAUGAAGGAGAGUUGCAACCUUGCGUGACAGCCCUCACCUCUAAGCUGCUCGAGCUGGGUAUCAAUUGCAAUGCUUGUAUGAGAGGCUUGCGAGCAGUAAUUACCAGUGAGACUGUCGAAUCGGCAAUCGACCGGGCGUUUCACAGAUUUACAUCAAGUCCUGGCAGGUCUCCGCCUACGCUCGUGCUUGUCAUCAUGCCGUCAGUCGACUCGGCAAUCUAUAAUCGGGUCAAAUACGCAUGUGACGUGAAAGAAGGGCUGAUCAAUAUCUGUGUCACUGCUUCCAAAUUUGCGAAUGCAAACUAUCGUUACCUUACCAAUGUGGCUCUCAAAUUCAACCUCAAAUUGGGUGGCAUCAACCAAAGUCUAGAAACGUCGCAACUGGGUAUCAUAGCUGAAGCUAAGACUAUGGUUGUCGGCAUCGAUGUCACUCACCCAUCACCCGGGUCGUCAUCGACUGCGCCUAGUGCUGUUGGUAUUGUCGCUUCUGUCGACAAGUGGCUAGGACAGUGGCCAGCGGAGCUGGCGAUCCAGACCGCGCGGAAAGAAACGGUCUCCGAGCUGAAACGGUUGAUGAAAUCGCGUCUCACGUUGUGGAAACGCCGCAAUGGUGCGUACCCCGAGAACAUUCUUAUCUAUCGGGACGGAGUAUCCGAGGGACAAUACAAGUUGGUCCUUGAGGAAGAACUCCCUGAAAUACGUUCAGCUUGCGGGGAGCUAUAUUCAGCAACUCUCGUUAAGCAAGGGAUACCGCGGAUCUCCAUCAUUAUUGUGGGAAAGCGACACCACACCCGAUUCUACCCUACCAAGGUCGAAGAGGCUGAUAACUCGUCCAAUCCACAAAAUGGGACCGUGGUUGAUCGUGGCGUUACCGAAGCGCGUAACUGGGACUUCUUCAUGCAAGCUCACAAAGCCAUUCAAGGCACAGCCAGACCAGCGCAUUACUACGUUGUCUUUGACGAGAUCUUCCAACGUCUUAAAAGCCCCCAAGGCCGCCUGAAGAACACGUCUGACAUCGUCGAGGAUCUGACGCAUAACUUGUGUUAUCUCUUUGGAAGGACAACUAGUGCUGUCAGUGUCUGUCCACCGGCCUAUUAUGCAGAUUUGGUAUGUGAAAGGGCGAGAUGCUAUUUGAGUGGGCUGUAUGAUCCAUCCACGGCAAGCUCCAGUGGGAGCGUGGUUGGGGGAGGACCAGCAACACAGGAACCUCAAUCCAAUAUGGUGAAGUUACACGAGAAUGUGCAGGAUACCAUGUUUUAUAUCUGA